AUGAACCAAACCAUGAAACCAUGAUCACGCGCUGAACAUAGUAAAACACACUCAUUUAUUUUCUCUGUUUAUGCUUCCACGCUGUUUUUAAUUCUUAUCUUUCCCAUUGCAAUCUCCACACUCUUUUUUAUCUUCCUGUCAAAACCAUUAACAAUUAAUACCUCAUUCUCUCCCUUUUGAGGUUUGACUUUCUAGGAUCUAUCGUUGCGUCAGCUACAGAUGGCAAAUAGGUUAGAGGAAUUAACAAGCAGGUCACCUUCAAGCCCCUCCUACUCAAGCAACAAUAAUAAGAACGAUGCUGGCAAUUUUGAGUGCAACAUUUGCUUUGACUUAGCACAAGACCCUAUAAUUACUUUAUGCGGUCAUCUUUUCUGCUGGCCUUGUCUUUACAAAUGGCUUCACUUUCACUCACAGUCACAAGAAUGCCCGGUGUGCAAGGCACUCAUUGAGGAGGCCAAGUUGGUUCCCUUGUAUGGUAGAGGAAAAACAUCAACUGACCCGAGAUCAAAGUCUAUUCCUGGUGUUAAAAUCCCACAUCGUCCUGCGGGUCAGAGACCUGAAACUGCUCCUCCUCCAGAACCAAAUCCUUUUUCUCAACCUGGGUUUGGAUUCACAGGUGGAUUGGGAGGGUUUGCUCCUGCAGCCACGACAAGAUUUGGGAACUUUACAUUGUCAGCAGCAAUUGGUGGUUUUAUACCAUCUUUAUUUAACUUUCAGUUGCAUGGGUUUCAUGAUGGAACCAUGUAUGGUGGAGCUGCUGGGUUUCCUUAUGGGUUUUCAUAUCAUAAUGGUCAUUUUCAUAGAUAUCCUCUACAAGCAGGUCAAGGGCAGCAAGAUUAUUAUCUAAAGAGGCUGCUGGUGUUUGUUAUUUUCUGUGUCGUUCUUGCUUUUAUUUGGCAAUAGUUUGGAUGCAGGUUUGUAUGCAUUGAAGAUGUGUACGCUCAGAUUGUUUUUGUGGGGCACUUUGCUAUUUUAUUACUGGCAAUGGAUUUGUGCUUUGAUUAUGAGACUAGAAAUUCAAGGACCUUGUAAACUGGUGGCAUUUUCUUUUCUUGCAAGCUAGGUUCUUUUUGUAUGACUUAUGUUUAAGUUUGAUGCCAGUAGAUCCCAUCUUGUUCAUAGUCUUGGUAUUAACCAUUGAUGUGCAAAGAUUCUAGCCUGUUUUAGUGUGUUCAAUUUUCCGUUUAAUAUCUCUAAACCAUGGUUUGAACAAAAGCUACAAGAAACAAGCUUUUGCCCACCCGAAACUGUGGUUUGCGAGUUUCCAAGCACA